AACAUCGCGGUCGGCUGCGUGGCCCGAUUACGCGUGCGUUUGAAUUGUCGCGGCGGGAAAUUCGAAACCCCACAUACGGAAUGGAAGACGGUAUUUGGGACGUCACUUUACCCCCGAUCGCGGUCAACGAGCUCGAAUUUAACAUUACGGAUUUUGCGGUUUUGCAAGUCAAUGAAAACCAGGAAGUCAGUGCCGUCGCUGAUCCGGCCUACGAACAGUUUUUAGCCGACGUCUGGGUCGGUAUAGUGCUGACUCUGAUGGUGCUCAGUUGCGUGUGUUUCAUGUGCACUUGUCUGAUUUAUCACAAGUUCCAGGAGUGGAAAAGUCGAGUUACGCCGACGACGAGGCCUACUUCGACCAACGUGGAAGCCGGCAGUGCCGAGUCGGAACUGCCCAGUUACACCAUCGCUUCCGGUCUGCCCACGUACGAGGAGGCCCUGGAACAGUUGAAGAAGGUCAAGGAACUGCAGCAGGAUAAAGGCGGCGGCGUCAAACCAAACGCGGCCGAAAUAAACGAGAAUCGGCGACCACACGAGAACGGCGACACCGCUACUACGACUGCGACGCUGUCCGUGUUCAAUCUGUUUCAGAUUUACAACAAGGGGACGAACGGGCGUAGGUUUUCGAAGUCUACGUGAUGGAACGGGAGUAUGGGCGUCCUUGGACGCGGAAACAUGACGAGUUAAAUGUACGUGCCAUAUAGGUGCUUGCGUUACGUGCACGUUUUGUGCUUUUGUGCGGUGCACUGAAUUGGAAAAUACUAUUCGAAGGCUACGAUUCUCCAAGUACUUAAUUUUUACUCCCUUAAUGUGAAAAAGACUGUCGAUAUACAUGUUGGUUGGAAAAGUUAGUCUGGAAGGCAGAUGCAAUUUUGUACCUCACAUUAACAGAUGUGUUUCACAUUGUUCGCGUUAACUGAAUGUAGGUGAUCGCAAUUUUCUUGUUCAUGUUCGCGAAUUUGUAAGAAUAUUCUUUAACUCUUGUAGAAUUAUCACAAUCCUAACAAAAAACUAUAUAAAACACCCGUGAAAUAUAUGUUUUUUUAAUUACAAAGAUAGAUGCUAAUAGAUAUUGCCUGUCCACGGUACAUUCGACUUAAGAUUGAUGCUGAUGUAAACAUUUGAAAAUUGGAAGUUUAGAUUCUCUCUGAUUAGUAAGGGAAUACUUCCAUUAUACGGGGUUCAAUAUUAAAAAAAUACGGCUUGUCGGAAAUAGUAUAUUAUGCAAGUGCGGUAAACGGCAUUUGACGCACGAGUUUUUAAUAAACGAGUGAGUUAAAAAGUUUACCGAACGUGUUUCAUACUAUACCUUUUCUACGACCGUUAGUUUUUGGGUACAUUUUCGCAAAACAACACGAAUAUGUUCACUGACAUGACCGUUAGAAUUGACAAACGUCAAAAUUCAAAGCGUUGGAAAUAUCUCCGAAAAUAUCCGAUUGUUCCCAAAUCCGUGCGGUAAAAUCCCGGAAAUGUCCGAAGUGGCUCGGAUUCGUGGGAAACGAAACUGACGUGGUAAAGCGACGCUUCUCGCACGCUAGAUCGGUGUGUAAUAGAGGGGAGUAGAAAAAAAUCAUUACUUUACUAGACUACAUAUCUGCAAUAAAGCUGAUAGUGGUCUGUUGCAUCAGACUAUGUCUUACGAACAAGAGGGAGAUAAUUGUUUUCGUUAUUUGUUUGGAUUUAAUUCAGCUUCGAUGUAAUCUUUUUGUUGAGUAGCCUUGCAGAGAUUCUAUAUUAAGUUUUUCGAAGUACAUGCGUGCUUUUGUUAUUUUAAAAUACCUCUUGGAGACGGCGCUUGCAUACUACAAGACGAUGAUCCAUCUUUACGCUUGCCUGGGUGAAUUCCUUUAUUUGGGAUUUUAUGGUCAAUUGUUGAGUUUUAGUUUCUUGUGCUCUUUUUUUGUUAAUUCGUAGUUCAUUUUGUGCGCAUACAGUAAUACAAGUCUCCCAUUUUGAAUAGUUUUGGAUUCUGUAAGAUGUUGCAGUUUAUAAAAGCUACCGGACCCCAGGCAUAUACACGCUAAUAAAGUAUAUUCUUUCAUUGUCUAUUUUAAGGCAGGCGAUCAAUAUAUUCGCAUUAACAAUUAACAACAACACAAUCUUCAAAUAUUUUAUGAAGUAAUAUUCCUAGCUCCGCCUAUUUGUGACAUAUCUUUCCCGUUGUAAAACAAAAUGAAGUUUUGGUAAAUCGAAUUUCCAGAUCUUUUCUUUUUCAGCUCAGUUAUUGCGCAUAUGCAUUUUCUUUCUUUUUUUUUUUUGCACGACGAAUCUCCAGUCGAGCGUUGGCGCAUGUUUUUUUAAUCAGCCUGUAUAAUGAAUUAUGAUAAAAGUCCAUAACCCUUUUUAAACGCUCAUUAGUUGCGCAUAAUGGGCACCACAUUGCUACACAUAAUUAUUUACCAACAUGAUAAUUAUGUGACGACCGAGUAGGCAUUAAACAUAUAAACUAAAACUUCGUAGUUAAUCAUUUGUGAUAGUUACGAUGAAUUUUCUGUCGUUGAAAUUUGUGCAAAUAGUUUCAAGGUAUUUUCACAUUUUGACGAGAAUUUUAAAAUAAAAUUACCACUUUUUCCAAUCUACUGGGAAUAGUGGGAAGAUGAAUGAAUCGGAAUUUUUACUGCAUAUGGAUUAGGCAUCUAUUUAAGUUGACUGUGGCUUUUAUAUAUUUAGUCAAUGACUUAUCAACGAGAGUUCAAAAUAAGAGAUACAUUGGAAUGUCGACAAACUGGUGCAAACAUUCGUCCUAUAAUGUAGCUUCUUUAAACUACCUCUAGAGGUGUCGAGUUUUAAGUAAGGACUAAAAUGUCUUCCAUCAUUGAUUAAUUAUAGCAUAUUAUUUGUAAAGUUCGUUUCACAAGGGUUGUCCAACGACUGCCAUCUUUUUAGUUUGUAUAAGACAGUUAAAGAAGGCUAGGCAUUUGAUAACGUAAGCAAGGACCUUCGUGAAAUGAACUGUAGGUAUAUCGAAUGACUUGAAUCUGACUUUUGAGAGUCUUGGUGCGCAGAUGCUUUUAAAUAUUAAGAUUUCUGUGUUCCGUAAGCAAAUAGCAUUUUUUCCGUCACGAUUGAGGAGUUGUCCUAUUUGCGACACCAGAAUCGCGGGGCUUAUUUUUGAAACACGCCCGGUGCACUUUAUCCGUAAUUGUUUUUAACGUAAAAAAAUGCCGAGAAAAAUAAAUAGGUUUAGCGCGCUGCCCGCGCGAUUGGUUUCGAGUAAUUCAAUUAUAUUAUUCUGCAACUCUGGCGUUUGAGGCAAUCCUUUUAGCCAACUGGCGAAUGGAGAAAUAACUAUUUCUGCCUCGCGCAGAAACGGCUGAUGUAAAGCAAAGAAAAAAAUUGGCCGAGGUAAAUUUCCGUGGUCAGUACGUCAUUUUUAUUUUCGAUGGGCGAUACGCUAAAAAUAUCCUGUAUUAAAAAAAGGCUGUGUUAGGUUAAUGGUUAACGACAUUUUCAUAAUCAUGCAAAAUGUACUUAGUAGGUUAAGGCACUUAUUUAUAAAAACGUGAUAAUUAGGAUUAGGUAGGAUGCGAAUAUUUUACGGGCCAAUUUGUAUAUAUUUAUUAAUCCAACAAUCAAUAAAAUUCA